AUGUCCAAUUUUACCGCGACUUCUACUGACAUUGGAUGCCAGGGUUGUACAUUGUCUGCAACAUGUCAAAGAACAGAUGGUACAAAAGUUCCAUCAUCAAUAAACUUAGAUGAAUUUAUAGCAAACAACGAUGGGAAAUUAUCUAAACAAAAUGGUGGUAAUUUUUCUGCAUCAUGUGAUAAUAUCCGAGUUGAUUCAUCUGGUCGUCUAACAUGUACGGCAACAAAAAUUGAUGGUUCAAAAGUACCAGCUGCUAUAAACUUAAAUGAUUGUAUUGGAAAUUUUGAAGGUGAAUUACAAUGCAGUUAA